CACUGACGUUUGGCUUAAAAGCCCAAUAAAAACAAUAUUCGGUUACAUUACCUAAAUAUUUAUCAAAACAAAAAAAAACUAAGUUAUUGGAUUAAUAAAUUUUGAAUAUUUAUUCUGAAAAUGUGAUAAAACUGAUCUCUAUCGUUGUGUAAAUGGAAACAAUUAAAGAAAUUGAAUGUACAAUUGGCCGUGAAAACGACGAACCUCCAUCUACAGAUACUCUUACUAAACACAUUGUGAAAAGUCACAAUCAACCCGGUUCUGUAUGUGGUAUUGGAAAAACAAAAUGUUUUAUCCCCAAUCCGAUUACGCCGAAUUGUAAUUCGGUAUCACAUAAAAAAUAUUCAAAAAAAAUAAUUAAGGCUAAGAAACUAUUCUGGAAAUUUAAAUUUACUAUGCUUCUUCAAUAUAGUAGGGAAUGCUUGGGCUUUAUUGCCCUUAUUCUUACCACGUAUGCAACUUUGCUUAACAAAGAGCCAGUGAUAGGUGGAACAAAAUCUCCUAAACCUAUAUUUUUCUCAGAUUCAAUAGUCCAAGAAUGGCCUUAUGGUAAUUUGGUUGAUGUCCAAUCGAAAGUAGCAGCAUCGGAGCUGUCACUUAUAUACUUUUAUGCUCCUUGGUGUGCAGAAAGCUUACUUGCAAAGAAAGUAUAUACAUCCGUUGCUAAUGUAUAUAGCGGAGAGGUUUACUUCGCAGCUGUAAAUUGCUGGCAACCAAACAGUGGUUGUCGUACACUUUAUAACAAUGUUUAUAAAUGGCCUGUUUUAAUGGCGUAUCUCCCCAAUGCUUUAUCUGUGCAAUAUAAGGGGAAUUGGAAUUAUCGAUCUCUUUCAACAUUUAUAGAUGGAUUAUUAAUACCAAUAGUUCGAAUUUUUAAUAAACAAGAAUUAAUCCAACUUCGCAUUGCCAAUGAUGGUGUUAUUCUUGGAUUAUUUAAUUCAUGUUAUACAAAAGAGUUCCAAAUAUUCUUUAAAACUGCUAUCAAAUGGUUAGAAAAUAACCAUUAUGAAACCACAAAAUUUGCUGUUUUUGUUGGGGAGCACACUUCAAUGUUUUUAGAUUCAGAAGCCAUAACAACACCUGUGAUAAAACUGUUUACUCCAUAUGAUACAAUAAUUUUUAGGAAUACUAAAUGGACAAUACAAAAUAUAAUAUAUUUUUUAAAACAACAACUUACUGAUUCGUCGAUAUGGGUUAAUUUACCUAACGCAAAGUCUUCAAUAAUGUAUAAAUAUUUCCAACAAGGACCUGUGCUGAUGAUGUUCACCCCACUUGUAUCACAAAGUCAACCUUAUUUUAUAAUGAAACAAAUAUUUUAUGAAUACAAUCGUUAUCAAAUUGAUCUCAACUCAUCGGUUUUAAAUGAAUUUGUUUCUGGUAUGAAAAGAGAAUAUCCUGUUGUGUCGAAAAAACAUUCUUGUGACUUUCCGAAAAAAUUCCAUCAUCAAAGUAUUAAAACACAAUUUGUUGGUGUCAAUCAUUGGAAUGAGGUGGUGCAAACAUGUAAUGCGUCAAACAAGUUGUCUUAUAUCUUUCCUCAGCUUAUUCCCAUAAAUAAAAAUAACGCUCAACGUUGCGAAGAGGAAUUGUACCAAUGCGCAUGUCCUCAACGUAUCAUCGACAAACUGGAUUCACGAAGUCCUUCAGAGGUAUUGAAACGCUAUAAACUAAAACAAUGUUUGAAUAUGAAGAAACUACCAAAACAAUGGAAAAAUGGAGUAUUUGAGUCCGUUGACAGCACUAUUAAAUUGUUAAACCUCGAGCAUAAAAACAAUCGAACUUUAAAAUUCCUGAUGUUGGAUAGCAUGGUACAUUACGAGUACAUACGAAAUUUCAUAGGAGAUUUUAAAUUGGAAGAGAUUUCAUCGUUUUCGCAAUCGCAGGUUUUAAUCAUCGAUAAUGAUCGAGAAAUGGUACACCUUGAAAAGAGAUCCAUUUCUACUAAAAAUGCUUUGAAAUUGGUGAGCGAAUUUCACAGUGGCAAACUAAACCGUCAUUUGAGAUCUUCUAAAAGAAAUGAAAUAAAAAAUAACUCAUCAAAUAAUUUAAUGAUACAAAUAAAAGAAAUAAACUCUCUCCAGUUUUCAAAAAUUAAAAAAAGAUCAAAUAUUACUUCGGUGGUAUUGAUUUAUACACCACAAUGUUUCUUGUGCAACGUAAUGGCGCAGGCACUACUACACAUUUCGUAUAUCAUUAACCUAAGAAAUGUAAAAUUUUAUAGAAUUAAUGCGAGUGCCAAUGAAGUAUGUUGGGAAUACACAAUGGAUACGUAUCCAACGCUUAUUGUGUUUUCUAAGAACAGAUCAAGUGAUACGAAUGUUUUUUCAUUAUCAUUACCAAUAAGUGUUAAAAACGUGUUUAGUUUUAUUUUAUCUAAUUUAAAUCUAGAACAACAGUCGAAUUCAAUAAUUAAUGCUUGUAAAUUAAGCAAGCUGAAAUUUGCUUUUCAAAACUGUGUUUCUCGAGUAAGUGCUAUGAUCAACGUAGAAAUAAGCCAUCAACUACAAAGAAUAAAUCAAGCUGCAAGUAACAAGACAGAUGCUCUAACUCGGUUGAAAGAGUUAAAAGGAAUCGACCUGGAAUUAUUACGAGUCAGAAACUCUACAGACCUUUUUUUUAUUUCAAAAGAAAUCUUUAAGUAUGGAAAUAAAUGAUAUUAAUGUCCCUCAUGUAUGAUUUAAAUAGAAAAAAAUCUUAUAACUUUAAACGAGCUAAAAUUGUUUAUAUAUAUAUAUAUAAAUAUAUAUAAAAUUGGGAUCUCGGAAACGGCUCUAACGAUUUCGAUGAAAUUUUCAGGGUUUGUUCAUCUAAGCGAGUAAAAAGUUUUGGAAGUAUUUUUGGAAAAAUCCGCCGACUGCCACGCCCACUUUUUUAACAUAUAAGUUUUUUCGGGAACGGCUCUAACGAUUUCGAUGAAAUUUUCAGGGUUUGUUUAUAUAAGCGAGUAAAAAGUUUUGGAAGUUUUUUUUUGAAAAAUCCGCCCACUGCCACGCCCACUUUUUUAAAAUAUAAGUUUUUUCGGAAACGGCUCUAAUGAUUUCGAUGAAAUUUUCAGGGUUUGUUCAUCCAAGAAAGUAAAAAGUUUUGGAAGUUUUUUUUUUGGAAAAAUCUGCCCACUGCCAAGCCCACUUUUUUAACAUUUAAGAUUUUUUUCGGAAACGUCUCUAACGAUUUCGAUGACAUUUUAAGGGUUUGUUUAUCUAAGGGAGUUAAAAGUUUUGUAAGUAUUUUUGGAAAAAUCCGCCCACUGCCAUGCCCACUUUUUUACCAUAGAAUUUUUUUAAACUUUAAAGAUUUCGAUGAAAUUUUGAGGUCCUCUAGACAUUUUGGAAGUAUUUUCUCUUAUAUUAGUUUUGUUUUCGCAGAGAGAGAUUCAACGACUUCAAUAAAAUUUUGAGGGAUGGUUCCAUGUUUUACGCAUUUUUCUUUUUCUUUUUGUUACAAUAACUAAACAAAAUUUUUUAGAUCAUGACUUUUUGGAUCAUGUAUUGAUCAUUUAUUCAGUUGGUUGUUUUUUGUUCUGAAAAACCCUGUUUUGUUGAAUUCAAAUUGUAAUAUUUUGUGAUCUAACUGCAACUUAGGAAACUUUUAUCCUUUUUUGAAAACUACAAUAACAGGGCAACUUUUUAAAAUAAUAAACCAUUUUCACAGCGUAAAAUUUUUUUUGCGGUGUUGGUCGCAAAUAAAAGUUAGAAAUAGAUUUUUUAUAAAACUUGAAACUGUUAGUUAAUUUGCAGCGAAAAAUGGCGUAUAGAAUAAAAAAUAUUUUGAUUAAUUAAUUGUUCCUAAUUAUUGGCAAUGUUUUCGUAAAAGAAUUAAAAAAAAAAAAACAAAUAUCAAUAAUGGGCGCAGGAAGCAAAAUACUGUUGUCAAGUAG